AUGGCAGCGGUUUUCAUGGGACAUCAACCACCCGUUAGGGUCCACAGGACAUACCCUCGCCUGUCUAGCGCUGCUUUUAAACGUCUCGCCAUUUUGAUUUUGGUGGGCUGGGCAGUGAAGACAGCCCUCUCGAGCUACAGCGAUGCUGUUUUCCCGAACUCGCCUUUUGGAUUUCGCUCUCCAGAGUCCGAAGCUGCUUCAACUGGUGGAUUCGUCGUCGUUCAUCCCAAAUCAAGCGCUUCGAGCACCAUCAAUUAUGGGAAAGGCUUCAAAGGCGGCGAGCAGAAUUCUUUAGUCAACAUCUCUGGUCAGCCCAACAACGCCUUGGUUAAUAUGUCCCCUGGCAUCGGCUCAAUUAUUUUCGGACCCCUCCUGGAUAUUUCUAGUAACAAAGAGUAUAGCACCCAACUAGGUACCAAUGACUCUAUCUCACUCGGCGCCCCUGACAUCCACAAACAUUUCAUGGAUAUUACCCAAGCCUCUCUCGCUGAUGUACACGUUGUCGACGCCGCAUUCAUUACAAAAGAUAUCGCGAAGUAUCUCACGUUCCGAACGGUUCUAGCCACACUACAACGCCUCAACUAUUUCUCUGUUGACGAGUCCACCAUGUACGAUAGACUCGAUCAUGGUGUCGAUUCCCUAAGUCAUAGAGGAGAUCCCAACUCAUGGAGCGUCGUUGUCUUUGCGCACCCUACCUCUCCAUUUGUCAACACCCGCAAUAAUGAACCUUUCUUUGGUCAGACCAACAAUGUCGUGAUUGACAUAUCCCCUGGUAUCGACUCAAACAUUUUCGGACCCCUUCUAGAUAUCCUUAGUAACGAAAUGAAUGGCAUCCAACAGUUUUCCAGCGACGCAACCCCACUCUGCGCCGCUGCCAUUUCCAAAGCAUCCUCUACCUUGUUCAGUCUUACCGAAGCACACAUCAUGGACGUUUCUCAAGCCUCGCACGCUGAUGUAUACGUUGUCGAUGCCACAAUUCCUAUCAAAUAUCCCGCAAAUCUCAUGCAAUUCCAAAGGAUUGUCGCCACACAAGAGUGCCUCAACCACUUCACUGUUGACGAGUCCACCAUGCACGAUAACCUCGAUCAUGGUGUCGAUUCCCUAAGUCUCAGAGGAGAUCCCAAGUCAUGGAGCGUCGUUGUCUUUGCCCAUCCUACCUCUCCCUUUGUCUACCGAAGUAGCGCCUUCAGCGGGGAACACCUUUCUGUCAGUUCCCCUGCGCUGCCUGUGGACGUCGGUCGAGAUGAAAUGGAUGGAUCAAGACAGCUUAGCAACAUUGACUGGAAGAUUUACAUGGCAUUUGGACUAGGACUCGUCGCACUUCUAAGUCUACUCUUCAGACACCUCCAAUACACCGUCGCAAAGCCACUGGCACCCGCACCCCGGCCAACCUUGCAGUACAUACAAUAUGACUCUCUUUCCAGCUUUGGUCGCAUGCAAGAACAGAAGCUCGAUACUCUAUUCGAGUGUCGCUUCAGUGGAUGCAAAUGCGAUCGAUACAUCGAGGUCUGGUACAGCAAGGUCACUAUGGAUUCUGUUAACAAGUUCCUCGCAAAUGGCUGUCAAUCUUUGUCAGAGCAAUGGGGACAAGGAUUCUGGGCCGUGUUAUCUUCUGUGUUGGCUAUUUUAUCGGUAAUUGUCGAGUUCAUGGAGUGCUUUGUUAUGCUUCUUUUCCUGGUGUACUCCUUCUAUGGUCGAUUUGAAGGUUAUUUCAUUGGGAUCUUUAAGAUAAUCGCAGUACUUCUGUUACUUGGUGGUGCAUCACUAUAUUUUAGGCAAUUAACGACCGUCCAACGCCUCUUCAACGUCAAUGGCAAGCGAAGGAAGAAACUACGCUUAUCUUCUGUGUUGGCUAUUCUAUCGGUAAUUGUCGAGUUCAUGGAGUGCUUUGUUAUGCUUCUUUUCCUGGUGCACUCCUACUGUGGUCGAUUUGAAGGUUAUUUCAUUGGGAUAUUUAAGCAUCUUCACGUCGACGUAUACGGUGUCGACCCCACAAGUCCUACCAACUAUCCCGCAAAUUUCAUUCAAAUACAAAUGAUUGUCGCUACACAAGAGUGCCUCAACCACUUCACUGUUGACGAGUCCACCAUGCACGAUAAUCUUGAUCAUGGUGUCGAUUCAAUUAGUCACAGAGGAGAUCCCAACUCAUGGAGCAUCGUUUUCUUUGUCCAUCCUACCUCUCCCUUUGUCUACCGAGGUAGCGCCUUCAGAGGGGAACACCUUUCUGUCAGUUCCCCUGCGCUGCCUGUGGACGUCGGUCGAGAUGAAACGGAUGGAUCAAGACAACUCAGCAACAUUGACUGGAAGAUUUACAUGACAUUUGAACUAGGACUCGUCGCACUUCUAAGUCUACUCUUCAGGCACCUCCAAUGCACCGUCACAAACACACCGGCACCAGCACACCAGCCAACCUUGCAAUACAUACCAUAUGACUCUCUUCCCAGCUUUGGUCGCAUGCAAGAACAGAAGCUCGAUACUCUAUUCGAGUGUCGCUUCAGUGGAUGCAAAUGCGAUCGAUACAUUGAGGUCUGGUACAGCAAGGUCACCAUGGAUUCUGUUAACAAGUUCCUCGCAAAUGGCUACAAUUUUUGCCAGAGCAAUGGGGACAAGGAUUCUGGGCCGUGUUAUCUUCUGUGUUGGCUAUUCUAUCGGUUAUUUUCGAGUUCAUGGAGUGCUUGGUUGUGCUUCUUUUCCUAG